CCGUUAAUAAACCAUAGAAGAAGUAGAGGACUGUGGAGGAAUAAAAUGUUUUUAAAAAUCUGCUCGCUGGAAGUAAAUUAAACGUUGGAUUAAAAGGAAACUUUUUUUUUUCUUUUACAAUAUUUACAAUACCCAGUAAUAAAGACGGUUCAGGUGAAUGUAAGAAGAUGGUACUGAAAGAGAUUCCAACAGACAACAUCACCCGCCCUUUGGGCCGGAACGAGGUCAUAGGUCUACUCUUUCGCCUCACAAUAUUUGGUGCCGUCACAUAUUUUACAAUAAAGUGGAUGGUGGAUGCCAUUGAUCCAACAAGAAAACAGAAACUUGAGGCACAAAAACAGGCCGAGAAACUCAUGCGGCAGAUUGGAGUGCAGAAUGUGAAGCUUUCUGAAUAUGAGAUGAGCAUCGCAGCUCAUCUUGUGGAUCCUCUAACUAUGCAGAUUACAUGGUAUGACAUUGCAGGCCUGGAUGAAGUCAUAACUGAACUGAAAGACACCGUUAUACUUCCGAUCCAGAAGAGACAUCUGUUUGUAGGAUCUAGGCUUCUUCAGCCACCCAAAGGUGUGUUGCUGUAUGGGCCUCCAGGCUGUGGGAAAACGCUUAUAGCCAAAGCUACGGCCAAAGAGGCUGGAUUCCGCUUCAUUAACCUGCAGCCUUCCACUCUCACUGAUAAAUGGUACGGAGAAUCCCAGAAACUAGCUGCUGCUGUCUUUUCGCUGGCCAUCAAGCUACAGCCCUCUAUUAUCUUCAUCGAUGAGAUCGAUUCCUUUUUGAGGAGUCGCUCAAGUUCAGAUCAUGAGGCCACCGCUAUGAUGAAGGCUCAGUUCAUGAGCUUAUGGGACGGACUGGAUACUGACUACAACUGCCAGGUCAUAAUAAUGGGAGCCACCAAUCGGCCACAAGAUCUUGAUUCUGCAAUACUCCGAAGGAUGCCCACAAGAUUCCACAUCAAUCAGCCUAAUGUCAAGCAGAGGAGAGACAUAUUGAAACUGAUCCUCAAGAAUGAGAAUGUUGAGUCUGCUGUGGACUUUGGUGAAAUUGCAAAACAGACCGAUGGGUUCUCAGGAAGUGACCUCAGAGAGAUGUGCCGAGAUGCUGCUCUGCUUUGUGUGCGUGACUUUGUGCACCAGGAAAGUCCAGAUGAAGACUUCAUCCGUCCCAUCAGGCAGGAAGACUUGCAGAGGGCAAUUGGGAAGAUGAGGAAGUCCAAAUCUGCGGGAGUGCAAGAUGCGUUUAUGCAUGUACCACUGGACUGAAAUGUGAUGCUGCUGUUUUAAAAGAACAAGAAACUAGAUUUGUUCUAUUUUUUCUUAUUUGUGGCAUAUCGUCAUGUUUUGCAAGAGGGAAAAACUCAGGAUUUAUAAAUGGUGGAAUGGGUUUUUAUUUUAUUUAUGUUUUGCGCUGUAAUUUCCAUACUGUAUUUGCAACUCAAUCAAUGAGCCUUAUUAAAAAAAUAAUCAUUCUAAUUACAUGUGUGCAACCAUUCUUAAGUAAAUUGUCACUUCAGUGGGACAGUUUACAAAAGAAUGGAACAGUUUACAUAAAAUUAAUUUUGCUUGUGUUUCAAGAAUAAGGCCUAUUGUGUUUGUCUUCAUAGCUUUGGUUUGUGUGGUUUUGCUUGUUCUGUAAAACCCUGUGAGAGGUUUGUGAAGAUGGGGAAACAGUGUAGUUACUAUUUCCAGGUACGUACUUUCCCCUGCAAUAAUACUUUUUUACAAUAUGUAACAAUUCAGCUGAUUUGUGAGCACAAAAACAUCAAGACGAUUUCUAACUCAGAACAGCUUGUUUCCCCAGCGAGUGAAGGAUUUGAUUGAGGUGCAUUUAUGGAUUUAUAAGCCAUUUAUAUUUAAUAAAAUGUUUAAGCGUUUAAUUUAA